AUGCCUUCCCUCCACCACGGAGCCAUCUUCCUCGGAGUCUUUCUCAUCGCGACAGGCGGCUCCACUGCCUUUCUCACCUCCUCACAGGUGGGUACUAUAAAGAAAUACAAUGUACAAUCUAUUAUUAUUACUGUUAUGAUUAUGGUUAAUAUUAAAAUAAUGUUAUUUAUUAUUAUUACAGAGCCGCCUGCAGGCGUUUUCUCUGUGCUGUGUGGUGCUGGGAGCAGUCAUGCUGAUCCUGGGGCUUCUCUGGGCCAUGAGUAACAAGCACCACGUCGAGUACAGCCAGGGAGAGUACCCCAACUUCCCCCAAUACCCCCACCAGGGAGAAUACCCCAACUAUCCCUACCCACACCCAGACCUCAACUACCCUGGCCGGUAUACCCAUCCUGACUUGGGACACAUCCUCUUCAGCCCCCGUGGUCCUGUUGGACGCUUCCCAGAGUCCCAGUCAGCCCUACUGCAGAGGUAACACAUCCCUCUUGAAUUGUUAUUGUUGAAUUUCAAGUGCAUAAAAGGUCAAUUAAAGGUUACAACGCACUGUGCAUGUCCUGUAAGUGUGUGUGUGUGUGUUUGUGUCUAGGACCGAGCACCAGCAGCAAGGUGUGUAUGGGGCUAAUGAUGUGGACUACCCCCCACUCAGCCCCCCCUCCCGCUACCCCCCCGGGCUGGGCCCCCCACCUCCCUACGAGGUCGCCAUAAAGACCACCUGUAGCUCCACCCACCUGCGCCGCGCCUACUCAGACACACACCUGGCCUCGGAACCCCUGUUUGGCCGAUCACGGGAGAUCAGCUUUGAG